AUGUACUGGAACACGUUUCUACGUCUCUUAAAUAAUUCAAAGGAUAACACGUGUAGUCAGUCUAUGGAGCACUCAAAAAGUAAAAGUGCUGGUAGAAGGUCUGGCUCAAAAGAAAGACGGCGGAAACUUGAUAAAGUCAAAAAGAAACGUCGUAAGAAUGUGAAAGAAAAGAGUCAGAGAAUAGACAGAAGUAUCGAGAGGGAGGAAAAAAGCACCACAAAGUCUUUUCAAUCACAGGAGCAAGAGUUUCCCCCAGAAGAUAGAAAAAGCCAAGUGAUAUGCCAACAGCAAGUGGACUGCAUUGAAAUCGAAGGUGUGAUUUACUUCAAAGGAAGGAAACUAGCCAAAGGAGGAAGCGGCUCAGUGUGGCAUGUAACAAGAAAGGACAACGGCAUGAAGUUCGCAUUGAAGGAGGCAAGCCUUAAACGCAAUGGGGCUAUUUAUCGAGGAGAAGUGGAGCGAUUACAAGCAUUGAGCGGUGCUCCUCACAUCAUAGCUUUGGUGGCGCACGAUUUUUUAUCAAGUGAAAUGAUUCUGCGUAUGGUGCUUGAGUUAGGGGAAAUCGAUCUUGAAUGCGAAAUGAAGCAGAAGGGGAAAUUUGACAAAGAAACCACCAGAUCGUUUGCGUUACAGAUUGCAAAAGGCAUCAAAGAAAUGCACGAUCGCUCUAUCCUUCAUCUUGAUAUGAAACUUGCAAAUGUUGUUGUUAUUCAAGGGGUCCUGAAAAUAAUAGAUUUGGGUCUCUCCGCAACCUUAUCAGACAAGGAGGAUUUCAUUAUACGAAAUUUUAUGUUCGGAUCUAAUCGACCGCCGGAGCAAAUAGUGCCGCAAAGCGAUGGGACAUACAAGCUGACAAAAAAGGUGGAUAUAUGGGGGUUUGGAAUCGUGGUUUAUCAGAUGACAUACGGGAGAAGGCCAUUUACUGAGCAUCCUGAAAAGACUAUGAUGGCAAUACUGGACCCGAAUGUUCGAAUACAGCAUGAUAUUGGAGCUGACCCUGUCAUAACCGAGUUUCUUGAGAUGUGUACAGUACGAGAAGUCGAGAAACGGGCCACAAUAGAUCAAUUAUUGGAGCAUCAAUAUCUUGCAGAGGUGGCCACUCCGCAAAGGGUGUUCACACCUGGGCCAAGAGGAACAGCUGGAAUUAGCACGAUCAAGAAAUCGUGCGUCACCGCUUCAGCGGAGAGCGAUGCUUCUCGAGUUCCACCGACAGCAAGUCUUGAAGCAUGUUCGGUAGGGGAGUGCCCUACGCAGGAACAAAUUUAA